UUGCAUUCGAAUCGCAUUACCAACCCGAUUACCCAGCGACGUGCGACAACCUUCACCAUGGCGUUGAACCUGGAUAUGGCCAACGCGGUCGUGACGAAGGACGAGCAAGGUCGUCCCUUCAUUGUCGUCAGAGAUCAGGGAAAGAAGAAGAGGCAAUAUGGCAACGAAGCUGUCAAGAACCACAUUCUCGCCGCCCGUACGGUUGCAAACAUCGUCAAGACCUCCCUGGGCCCCCGCGGUCUCGACAAGAUCCUCAUCUCCCCCGAUGGAGACAUCACAGUGACGAACGACGGUGCCACGAUUCUGCAACAGAUGGAGAUCUCCAACCACGUCGCCAAGCUGCUGGUAGAACUGUCCAAGUCGCAGGAUGACGAGAUUGGUGACGGUACGACUGGUGUUGUUGUCCUUGCCGGUGCCCUGCUCGAACAGGCGGCGGAGCUUAUCGACAAGGGAAUCCACCCUAUCCGUAUCGCCGACGGAUACGACCAGGCUUGCGACAUCGCCGUAUCGGAGCUCGACAAGAUUUCGGACACCAUCGAGUUCACAAAGGAGAACACAGAAAACCUGUUGAAGGUGGCACGGACAAGUUUGGGCAGCAAGAUCGUCUCCAAGGCGCACGACCAGUUCUCCAAGAUCGCGGUGGAUGCCGUCCUCUCCGUUGCCGACCUGGAGCGGAAAGACGUCGACUUCGAGCUUAUUAAGGUCGACGGCAAGGUUGGAGGAGCUCUCGAGGAUACUAUGCUCGUCAAGGGUGUCAUUAUCGACAAGGACUUCUCUCACCCCCAGAUGCCCUCGGAGGUCAAGGAUGCCAAGAUCGCCAUCCUUACCUGCGCCUUCGAGCCCCCUAAGCCCAAGACUAAGCACAGACUCGACAUCACCAGCGUCGAGGAGUUCAAGAAGCUGCAAAGCUACGAGCGUGAGAAGUUUAUCGAGAUGAUUCAGCAGAUCAAGGACGCCGGUGCCAACCUGGCUCUCUGCCAGUGGGGUUUCGACGACGAGGCGAACCACUUGCUGCUCCAGAACGGCCUCCCUGCCGUGAGGUGGGUUGGUGGCCCCGAGAUCGAGCUGGUGGCUAUCGCGACAAACGGCCGCAUUGUGCCCCGGUUUGAGGACCUCAAGCCUGAGAAGCUUGGUACCGCUGGUCGCGUCAGAGAGAUGACCUUCGGUACGACAAGAGAGAAGAUGCUGGUUAUUGAGGAGUGCGCCAACACUCGUGCGGUGACUGUCUUCGUCCGCGGUAGCAACAAGAUGAUCAUCGACGAGGCCAAGCGCUCUCUCCACGACGCCCUGUGCGUUGUUCGCAACCUGGUUAGAGAUAACCGUGUUGUCUACGGUGGUGGUGCUGCCGAGAUUGCCUGCUCUUUGGCUGUCGAGGACGCUGCCGUCAAGACCCCCGGUCUGGAGCAGUACGCCAUGCGUGCCUUCUCCGAGGCCCUGGACUCUGUUCCCAUGGCCCUGGCCGAAAACAGCGGUCUGAACCCUAUCGCUACGCUGGCGGAGGUGAAGAGCCAGCAGGUCAAGGCCGGUCCCUCUGGCCGCGGAAAGCUCGGCGUCGACUGCAUGAACCGCGGCAACAACGACAUGAAGGACGCCUUCGUCAUCGACCCCCUUAUUAGCAAGAGACAGCAGCUCAUGCUGGCCACGCAAUUAUGCCGCAUGGUGCUGAAGGUGAACAACGUCAUCAUUGCCGGAUCUGGCGAGGAGGACUUUUAA